AUGUUCUUCUUCGGGCUCGGCGGGCUGUUCACAGUCGCGGUACUCCUCGUCAACGCCAUAGCAAUCCUCUCGGAAGACCGUUUCCUCGCACGCAUUGGGUGGACGGCAUCUGCAGAACCCGGUUUCGGCGGUCCUCGCGACGAUGCCAGCAUAAAAGCGCGAUUGAUCAACCUCGUAUCCUCAGUACGGACACUCAUGAGGUUACCGUUGAUGUUGAUCAACACCCUCAUGAUAAUCUAUCUACUAGUCCUCGGCUGA